CGGAGUAUACACUAUAUGUGAAUAGAGAUUCUUUAUCAAUGUUUUGUACUGCGCAAAACAUCACAAGUUAAAACUUAUAUGCUGGUUUAUUCGUGUUCUGACCGCGUUCGAAUUAACAAGUCACAUUAAUGGAAUAGAAGACCAUUAACAGAAGAAAAGUUAACUGUUUCUUAUAUUUUAAAACCAGGAGUGAUAACAGAGAAGGUGAAAAUGAUAAGACCUAAUCGUGCAGUGAGGAACUUCAGAACAGAAAAUAACGUGACAAUCGAAUUUUGAAGAAAUAUACCUCUGAUGUCAAGAUGUUUGUAUCAAUCCUAUCAAUUGAACCGCGUUUUAUUAACUUUAGCAAAUAAAUUGGAACGGUCUUUCCAAUCAUACAAUACAUCGGAUUGAAUGUGUUAAUAACAAAAGUUACAAAAGCUUUUCAAAGCAAAGCAAAUAAUGGUAACAAAAAAAACGACAGAAUUUCCUUUAAAAAGUUUUGGCAGAGAAUGAAUGAAAACCUUUCGUAUGAAAAAGUCCUAUAAAAUAUAAAUGGUGUUGCCUAUUGAUAUAAAGCGACUAUUACAAAAGCACAUAAAAUGAAGUGAUCCCUUGGAAAAGCAUCAUAUCAACAUAUUAUUGAAUAUGAACUAUUUUCUGGCAUCGUAUUAUAAAUAUCGUAACAAAAAUGCCUCAUUCUCUACUGGAUUCUGGUAAAAAAGGCAUGUAUAUUAACUGGUCGUAUGGAGAUGGAUCCAGCAACAAUUCACAUUUGCCAAUUGAUAUGCAAUUCAAUGCAGGACAUCAGCUACAAAUUGUUCUCUACAGUGUAUUGAUGAUUGUGUCUGCCAUAGGAAACAUAACAGUGCUUACACUAUUGAUAAAACGGAGGCUUAAAACUCAUUCUCGAAUAGACAUGAUGCUGACACAUUUAGCGAUAGCGGACCUGUUGGUAACAUUUCUGAUGAUGCCACUCGAGAUUGCGUGGGCAUAUACAGUACGCUGGAUGGCGGGCGAUAUCAUGUGCCGUCUGAUGGCUUUUUGUCGUACAUUCGGUCUGUAUUUAUCAAGCUUUGUACUGGUAUGCAUAUCCGUUGAUAGGUAUUAUGCUGUAUUGCAACCAUUGAAGCUGUCUAAAAGAAGAGGUAGAAUCAUAAUAUCAAUUGCAUGGACGUUGGCAUUCAUAUGUAGUACACCGCAGGUUUUCAUAUUUCAUGUAGAGCCGCAUCCUAAUGUGACCUGGUAUGAACAAUGUGUCACAUAUAAUUCGUUCAAAAACGAGAACCACCACAUUGUAUACAAUAUCUUAGUUUUGAUCUUUAUGUACGCACUCCCGCUGAUAACCAUUAUUUGCUCUUAUGCUUCCAUCUACAUGGAAAUAUUUCGACACAGUCGAAUGCCAAACUCGGGAUUUCGCCGAUCUAGUAUAGAUAUACUCGGACGCGCUAAGCGAAGAACUUUGAAAAUGACAAUUACAAUUGUACUCGCAUUUGUCAUUUGUUGGACACCAUAUUACGUAAUGUGCAUAUGGUACUGGUUUGACCGUCAGUCAGCAUCCAGCGUUGAUCAACGAAUUCAAAAGGGACUGUUUCUGUUUGCCUGUACGAACAGUUGCAUGAAUCCAAUUGUAUAUGGAAUCUACAACAUAAAAAUACGAAAGAAUCGGAAAUCGUGCGAUUGCUUGGCCCUGAACUCAAACACAAUAAAAUUUCGAGGUGGUAAUUGCAACAUCAAAUAGGAUUUACCACCGUGCAUACACACGUACGUGUUAUAUUUUUCAUUUCAUCAUAGUAUACAUAAGUGAUUUUUGAAACGCACUGUGAAUUUAUCUAUCCUCCUUAUUAGAUAAAUAUGUUUCUUAUACACUUAAGUGGAGUGCCGUGUCUAUUUUAACAUUUAUAUGCAGUGAUCAGCAUUAACCAGCUAAUAUCAUUAUUUGUAUGAUAUCAGAUGUUCGGCCUUCGCGGAUAAAAAAUAUGUUUACUAACGAUUUAAUAAAAAAAUACUCAAACAAAA